AAAUUUUCUUGGGCAAAGCGGGCACCGGGAUAAACCUCAGGGCUGGCCCAGUGUUUUUCCUUAACAGACUAGUUGAGGUGCCACAAAUGUCAGGCUCCCGAAUCACGCCGUGCGGGGCCACUCUCUAUUCCCGACUUCAAUCAACCUCGGACCGGAACGUGCUUGGUAUCGGACUUUGGGUGGAGCGAAAGGAUUCAAACUCUGAAUGGCAUCUUACACAACGUCAGCCUGUCGGCGCUACCACCCGAAUGAGAGGCAGUUUUCACCACACGGUCGGCCACGGGGCGAUCCAAGAUGGUUACGGCGCUUUCGAACCAUGUCUCCGGGUGGAUGCAAACAUGGGGAAACUGCUAGCGGCGAGCUUUUCCGGAGCCCACGUACUAGCUUCCUUGAGGGCUUAUUGGGCUAAGGCGCCAAUCGGACUCGGGAACUGGAUGGUAGCCCGGUAGGGCAAAGUCCGAGAGGGCGAAGUCCGAGAGGGAGCGAUGGUUGCUGGAUUGGGGAUACCAAGUACAAAAUGGCGAUACAAGACUCCCAACUUUGCCAUGCGCCAUGAACACGCUUGACGGCCGCUUCCCUCGUCACCAUAUUCCUUGCUUCGCACCACAGACAGCGCCCCUUGCCCUGACACCAGUCCUGUCUUCGACCCCCAUCCGCCCUAGCUCCGCACCGCAAGAUGGGCGACCGAGCCUCCCUCUCGCCAGCAUCCACCACGCCCGACCCCGACGGCGCCCGCCCCCUGGCCGGCGGCGGCGGCGGCAGCACGUCGCCGGUCCACUUCCACCUGGUCCACGGGGCCUGGCACGGGCCGCCCACCUUCGACCUGCUCCGCGCCGAGCUCGAGGGCCGGGGACAUGCCACGUCGGCCUCGGCCCUCCCCAGCGUCGGGACCUCGGACCCGGACGUCGGCCUUUACGCCGACGGCGCCGCCGUCCGGGCCGACCUCGAGGGGCUCGUCGACGCCGGGAAGGAGGUCGUGCUGGUGGCCCACUCGUACGGUGGGCUGGCCACGUCCAACGGCGUCGAGGGACUCGGCGUCCGGCAGCGCGAGGCGGAGGGGAAGAAGGGCGGGGUUUUGUCGCACGUCUUCGUGACUGCCAUGGCUGUGGAGCCUGGCAGGAGCCUUGAGAGUAUACGACCGGAUGGUGAUGUUCCCGAAUGGAUGAAUAUUUCGCCUGAUGGGAGAUUCCGCUCCGUCGCGCCGGAGAAAGCCGAAGAAAAUUUCUACCAGGAUGUCGAGGACAAGGAGCUGGUUGCUAAAGCCAUUGCCUCUCUGCGCCAGAUGACGAGCAAGGCCUUCGAGGAGCCGUCACGAUAUGCCCCUUGGAAAAACGGCUUCAGCGUGGGAUACAUCUUCACCACAAAAGACGCCUGUGUACCAUACCCUGUCCAGCAGGCCAUGUUUUCCCAGUUCCCUGCCGGUAGCUUCACCGCCACCAUGGAAACCGGCCAUUCGCCAUUUCUCAACAAGCCCAAGGAGCUGGCCGACAACCUCGUCGCCGCUUACAGGCAUGCAAAGACGUCGUAGAAAGGGCCGAGCGGCUUCGCGGUGCUGGAGCUCUAGAUUAGAGAUCUUCCUGGUUGUGCAAUGUAAGCCAAGUUCAAUUCUCGCCAUGCGGAACGCAUAAUGCGGCCGAGGAAAACAUAACUGGUCAAAUCUAUGUGGACAAUCAAGUGGAAGGAAAAAAAGACAAACGAUGAACCCCCAACACCCAAUAAAAAGGUCUUGCUCAGAGAGUCGGACCAGUACCAAUGUCUCCAAUGCGCCCAACGCGGGUGGGCUUCUUUGGGGGGGAAAGGUUAUCGAGAAAACUGCAAUCAAUAGUGAGCAAAUCUUCCCUUGAGGCUGCACUCGGCGACGCGAUAAUCCAAGAAUCGGCGCCACAGGGAGCUGUAAAGAGGAUGGUUUUUUUGUUGUUGAACAUACCUAGGCCUGCUCACGGUAGGGCAAUUGCCGCAUGGAGACUGUACACACACGAUGAUUGAAAAGCAAGCUCCAAAAGGAUGCGGAACCGGAACGGAGACAGCCUCGCCAGCCAGGAUGCUCACAAAAAGCGCGAUCGAGGAAGGACGCAUGGCGGACGCGGCGGCAGAGGCAGGAAUAUUCUUUCGGAUAGGGUAGGCGUGGUUGGACCGGAAAUCUUGGACGCGGGCUGCGGGUUCGGAAAUCGGAAAUCGGAAAUCGGGGCGAAAAUUUGCUUUUGUGAUCGUUUUGAUGCGUGCAGGAAGGAGGAAGGCUUGGGGAUGAUGCAUCGUGUAGUUAUCUCGGUGAAGGGCAGAACUGACGUUUAUAUAGAUCGAGACCCGACGCUUCUUUCGCAGUGGGCGAGGCUCAUAUUUGGCGAAGCCGGAUAGUAAUUAGUUUAUUUUGCGCCG